AUUUAGAUAUUUGAAGAUUUUUCGCUUAUUAGGAUUCAGGACACCCUAUAUAUAUUAUAAUUCUUUAACCACAAAAUCAAAAUCAUUUUCAGCUUCAAUUUGCAAAGAUGUGGAAUACUUGCAUUCUUGUUGCUGCUUUAACUUUUCUACUGUUAUGCACAAGCUUGGCAAUACAGGUUGAUUAUGAUUCCAAUGCCAUGAUCAUCGAUGGACAACGAAAGCUUAUCUUUUCUGGUUCAAUUCAUUACCCACGUAGCACCCCAGAGAUGUGGCCAGACCUCAUACAGAAAUCUAAAGAUGGUGGUCUUGAUGCAAUCGAUACAUAUAUCUUCUGGAACGUUCAUGAGCCUCGCCGCCGUCAAUAUAAUUUCGAGGGAAAUCUGGACUUCAUAAAGUUUUUCAAGCUAGUUCAACAAGCUGGACUAUACGGAAUCUUGAGAAUAGGCCCUUACGUCUGUGCUGAAUGGAAUUAUGGGGGCUUCCCUGUGUGGCUACACAAUAUUAACGGAAUUGAAUUUAGGACAGAUAACGAAAUAUUCAAGAAAGAAAUGCAAAUUUUCACGACCAAGAUUGUUGACAUGUGCAAAGAAGCAAAACUGUUUGCCUCACAAGGAGGACCCAUCAUUUUAGCACAGAUUGAGAACGAGUAUGGAAAUAUUAUGUGGGCUUAUAAAGAUGCAGGGAAAGCAUACGUCAAAUGGUGUGUGGAGAUGGCUUUAGCUCAGAAUAUUGGAGUCCCUUGGAUUAUGUGCCAGCAGGAUGAUGCUCCACCGCCCAUUAUUAACACAUGCAAUGGGUAUUACUGUGAUUCGUUUACUCCAAACAAUACCAAGAGCCCCAAAAUGUUUACUGAAAACUGGAGUGGAUGGUUCAAGAAAUGGGGCCAGAAAGACCCUCACAGAACUGCAGAAGAUUUAGCCUAUUCAGUUGCUCGCUUUUACCAAGCCGGUGGAGUGUUGAAUAACUAUUAUAUGUACCAUGGAGGAACAAACUUUGGACGCACAUCUGGAGGGCCAUUCAUUACAACAUCAUAUGAUUAUGAUGCUCCCCUCGAUGAAUUCGGAAACUUAAACCAGCCAAAAUGGGGACAUCUUAAACAACUUCACGCGGCUAUUAAAUUGGGGGAGAAGCUUCUCACUAGUGGCAAAGCAAUGACAAAGGUUUACGGUAAUGGAAUUCAUUUGACCACAUAUAGGAACGAUGAAACUGGGGAGAGAUUCUGUUUCUUGAGUAAUAACCAAACAGAAGAGGCAAAUGUUGACUUGCAACAAGAUGGCAAGUUCGUUAUUCCGGCUUGGUCUGUUAGUAUUCUUGGUGGCUGCAAGAAGGAGAUUUACAACACUGCAAAGGUUAACACACAGACCUCUAUAAUGGUAAAAAAACAAAUGGAUAAUGAAGACGAAGCUGCUAAAUUAUCCUGGGUGUGGACUCCCGAAUUCACGAAAGAUACCCUCCAUGGUAAAGGUAGAUUUAGAGCUAGGCAGCUUAUUGAACAAAAAAGAGCUACUUCUGAUGUUAGCGACUACUUGUGGUACACGACUAGUGUUGACAUUAAUGGAACAACCUGGAACAAUGCGACGCUGUUUGCAAAUUCAUCUGGGCAAGUCCUUCAUGCAUAUGUGAAUGGGAAGCUUAUAGGCUCUCAAUCAGGAUACAAAUUUCAGUUCCAAAACCCAGUUUCAUUAAUACCUGGCAGAAACAUUUUAACUUUCCUCAGUGUCACAGUUGGGCUACAGAACUAUGGAGAAUUUUUUGAUUUGGGACCAGAAGGAAUAGCAGGAGGUCCAGUUCGAUUGACUGACAACAAGAAUGCUACUACUAUAGACUUGUCAUCAUUUACUUGGAAUUAUAAGAUUGGGUUGAAUGGUGAAGCCAAACGACUUCAUGAUCCAAAAGCUCCUCAUGCUCGACUAUGGAGGACCUCAGCAGAACUUCCCAUUGGCAGGCCUAUGACUUGGUACAAGACCACUUUCAAAGCUCCGUCAGGAACAGACCCUGUAGUGGUGGAUUUACAGGGCAUGGGCAAGGGGCAUGCCUGGAUAAAUGGAAACAGCAUUGGCCGCUUCUGGCCUGCAGAAAUUACUGAUAGUAAUGGCUGCGAUGGCGAAUGCGAUUAUCGUGGGAAAUACAAAGACAAUAAAUGUUUGUCAAACUGUGGCAAUCCUUCACAAAGAUGGUACCAUGUUCCGAGAUCAUUCCUUGCUAGUGACAGCAACACGUUGAUUUUGUUUGAGGAAAUUGGUGGAAAUCUUUCACAAGUGUCUUUCCAGACCGUAACUGUGGGUUCAAUUUGUGCAAAUGCAAAUGAAGGCAACGCAUUGGAACUAUCAUGCCAAGGAGGCCAAACCAUCUCUCGUAUUAAAUUCGCCAGCUUUGGUGAUCCUCAGGGAAAAUGUGGCUCAUUGCAAAAAGGCACUUGUGAGGCAGAUGUAAGCCUGUCUGCUGUGGAAAAGGCGUGUGUUGGGAAGGAGAGUUGUGCAAUUGAUGUCUCAGAAGCAACAUUUGGAUCAUCAAAGUGUGGCAACAUUACAAAGAAGUUAGCUGUGGAAGCCAUUUGCUAGAAUGAACUGUUCUACCAGAGAAAUAAAAGAAAAAGUUGUAUUUUAUGAAAAACUAACUGCUUCUUAAUUAUUUAAGAAAGCAGAAGCAAUCUAGAAAUCAUUUAUUUUCCUGUUCUUGUAUGAUUUGUAUUACGAGUUCAUUUUCCAUAAAAGCAAGUAGUUGGCAAA